AUGUCUGACAAGACCAGGCAGUCCUCUGGCGGCCGGUCUCUCUUCUCGCGAAGUAAGCACAAAGACAAGCGCUUGGCUGAAGAGUCGAGAUACCCCGCAGACGAUGCAGCCAGCUUUCGCUCUUCGCGCCACAAGAGAGAGUCAUCUGCUGUCUCGUUCGACGGCCGUCCAGAAUCUUCCGAUGGCGGUAUCAACCAGAUGGCAGGUGUCAUAACUUCAAUCCCAUACGACGCUGUUGGAGGCGGGUCACGAUCUCCAGUUCCCGUCGAAUACCUGCCCAAAGGUGAACAGAUGCCGGUGCGCCGAGAACCUCUCCCGCACCACCUCAAUCAAAAUGGCCUAGAUUUUCACCAAUAUCCAAGCUGGGACGGGUCAAGCCAGUCUGGGGCCCGUUCUCCAGGGCGCCAGCCCGCGGGAUAUGGUUAUGCUAAUGCGAAUGUCACCAUGGCUUCGACAGGACGCCAGACCCAGUAUCAGCAAUGGGGCCCCGCCAGGGGCAGUUCGUCUCAUUCAAAUAACCCACCUAACCCUCGAUACGACUCCUUCAUGUCUUCUACCGCUCGAGGCUCAGCGGACAACCUGAGCAUACAAUCAGGUAAUUCAAACUACUUUUAUACAACGAAGUCUCGCUCACCAAAUACAGCAAUGCCUAGUGCAUCUUCUCAAAGCUCCUAUGCGGCCUCGCAGCACUCGAAUCGCGAUUCCCACCGAUUCACCAAGUUCCCUUCAGGGCCUCCCCCAGGUCAAAGCGAUCCUCAGGGUGGCUUCUAUUUCCCGAAGCCUGACGACGAUAAUGUGGUCGAACAGAUGUUCCUUCAGUUAAUGCAGAAGCGAGGAUGGCAUAACCUUCCUGAGCAGGCAAGGAGGCAGAUGAUGGCUUACCCGGCGCAAAAGAAAUGGACGUUGCUCUACCAAGACCGACUCACCGAAUGGCAGGGCGAGCAAAAGCGCCGACAGACAGCACGACCAACCCAGUAUACCGCGACUCCCGAUAUCACGACUUAUUCCGACGAGGAAGGCACUCCAGAAUGGUACGUUCGACGAGUUAUGGAAGACCGACUCGACACGAAGGGCAUGGGAAGUUUGGAAGUCAACCUGAGAACUCAGCAGAUCGGUUGGGUAAAGAGAUUUGUCGAGUGCCAGGGACAGGUUGCCUUGAUGACCUUGCUGCUUAAGAUCAACCGCAAGACAGCACAGGGACCUGCCCAGGAUUCCGGUCGUACCGACAAGAAUCUCGACCGCGAAUACGAUAUCAUCAAAUGUGUGAAGGCACUGAUGAACAACAAAUUCGGUGCCGACGAUGCCUUGAUACAUCAAAAGGUCAUGGUGGCCCUUGCUAGCUCCCUCAUUUCUCCUCGACUCACUACGCGAAAGCUUGUCAGUGAAAUCAUUACUUUCUUGUGUACGUGGGGUGAGAAUUCCGAGGGUCACUUAAAGGUUAUCCAGGCUCUCGAUGAGGUCAAAACGGCACAUGGAGAGAAUGGCCGGUUCGACGCUUGGAUGCGUCUGGUUGAGGUCACCAUCGACGGUAGAGGCAAGAUGGGAAGUUUGGUCGGUGCCAGCGAAGAGUUGAGGACCGGCGGUAUUGGAAUGGAGAACUUGCUUAUGGAAUACGCCGUCGCGACUCUCAUGCUUGUCAACAUGAUCAUCGAUUCACCGGAGAGAGACUUGGAGUUGAGGAUACACAUUCGAGCUCAGUUUACAGCAUGUGGCAUAAAACGAAUCUUGACGAAGAUGGAGGAGUUCCAAUACGAACUCCUGGACAAGCAGAUCGAGCGAUUCCGGACAAAUGAGGCGAUUGACUAUGAGGACAUGCUGGAUCGGGAGAACAGCAGCAUCAAGGACGACGUGGAGGGCGAAGUCAAGGAUUUGACUGAUCCCGUACAAAUCGCAGAUGCCAUCCAGCAGCGUCUCCAUGGCACCAAGACAAAUGAUUAUUUCAUUUCAGCUCUGCAGCAUCUCAUGCUGAUCCGUGCCACCGAUGGCGAAGAGCGGUUACGUAUGUUCCAGCUGGUCGAUUCCAUGCUGAGCUACGUUGCUAUGGAUAGACGGUUGCCGAACAUGGAUCUUAAGCAGAGUCUCAACUUCACGGUUCAAAGUCUGCUAGAUAAGCUACACACAGACUCGGAAGCCAGGCAAGCUCAGGAUGAAGCGCUCGAAUCGCGACAGAUUGCUGAAGCCGCUAUGGCGGAGCGUGACGAGAUGAAGGCCCAGCUUGAGCUUGGUGCUGAUGGAUUGGUUGCCAAGCUGCAGAGACAAUUAGAGGAGCAAGCUCGAUUUAUCGAUGCCCAAAGGAGACAGGCAGAUGGACUAAAGGCCGAGUUGGAUAGCAUGCAAACUAUGAGAGCCAAGGAAGCCCAACGAUAUGAGCUGGAGACAAGAGAGUUGUACCUCAUGCUUCGAGACGCUCAGGAUGUUGCCGCUUCUAAGGCCGCCAAGACUGCGAAUGCCAACAGCAAGACUGUCGCUCCCGAAGACCCUGCUCGUAUGCAAGGUAUUCUCGAUCGUGACCGCCUCAUGGAGCGGUUGCAGAUGCAGAUCGAGAGACAAAAGACCCAAUACAAGCUCGAGGGACGUGUAUGGGGAGAUGCCGUUGGACCUUCAGAUCGCCUUCGAGCUCUUCGUGAAGAGAUGGACGACAGACCUGGAACACCCCCUGGUGGCGGAACCCCUCCUCGAGAUUUCACUAAUAGUGUACUGGGUAGCAUCCAUCGCAAUACCAAGAUCCCCCGCAAGCCCCUUAAGAGACGCUCUGAUGGCGAGGUUAUCGAGGAAGACGACGAGACUGAAGGCGAGGAUGGCGUUAUCUACGAGAAGCCCAGAAUCGUUGAAAUGAAGCGACCAACCAUUGACCCUAAGCAACAAGCUGGUCUGCUCGGUGAGAUCGGCUCCAAGGUUAAGAGAUAUGAUGGCAGCGACUCCGAGGAUGACACAACCGGUCCUUCACACCCAAGCAUGGAAACUUCGUCGCCCAUUACUCCCCCUGGCGAUGGCGAAACCCCGAAGAUCGAAGUUACUGCUGCCGGUGCUCCUCCUCCGCCUCCGCCGCCUCCACCACCACCUAUGCCCGGUCAGAUUCCUGGUGCUCCCCCUCCGCCGCCUCCUCCUCCGCCUCCCCCGAUGCCUGGGCAACUUCCCGGAGCGCCCCCACCCCCUCCGCCGCCGCCUCCCCUGCCAGGCAUGCUUGCUGGUGGACCUCCACCUCCUCCGCCUCCGCCUCCUCUACCUGGUGCUGGAGGUAUGCCCCCUCCUCCACCUCCUCCUAUGCCUGGUGCUAUGUCCGGGCACUACUUGUCGCGACAACCCGCUUUCGCGGCUGCUCCUGGCAUUGGCUUGCCCGUUGUCCGUCCCAAGAAGAAGCUUAAGGCUUUGCAUUGGGAGAAGGUAGACGCUCCUGAGACCAGUCAUUGGGCGGCACAUACUCCUUCUGCUGAAGCUCGAGAGGAGAAGUAUCAGGAACUCAGCAAGAAGGGUAUUCUCGACGAGGUUGAGAAGCUGUUCAUGGCAAAGGAGAUCAAGAAACUUGGUAUGGGAACCUCAUCUAAGAAGGAUGACAAGAAGCAAAUCAUUUCUUCUGAUCUCCGUAAAGCUUAUGAAAUCGCUUUUGCCAAGUUUUCACAGCACUCUGUCGAGAAGAUCGUUCAGAUGAUCAUUCAAUGUGACUCGGAUAUCUUGGACAACAUUGUUGUGAUGGAUUUCUUACAAAAGGAUGAUUUGUGCAAUAUUCCUGACAACACAGUCAAGCAGAUGGUCCCAUAUAGCAAGGACUGGACCGGUCCCGAUGUCAAGUCCCAGAGCCGUGAACUCGACCCCUCUGAGCUCACCCGUCAAGAUCAGCUUUACCUCUAUACAGCCUUUGAGUUACACCACUACUGGAAGAGUCGAAUGAGAGCACUUGCCCUUACUAGAAGCUUUGAGCAAGAGUACGAGGAGAUCAACGAGAAGAUCAGGCAAGUUGUCACAGUGUCUGAGUCGCUACGUGAUUCCGUUUCAUUGAUGAAUGUUCUUGGUCUUAUUUUGGAUAUCGGUAACUACAUGAACGAUGCGAACAAACAAGCACGUGGUUUCAAGCUUAGUUCCUUGGCACGAUUGGGUAUGGUAAAGGACGACAAGAAUCAGUCGACGUUGGCAGAUCUCGUGGAGCGUAUUGUUCGAAACCAAUAUCCCGAAUGGGAGAGCUUUGCGGAUGAUAUCAACGGCGUCAUGACUGUGCAAAAAAUCAAUAUCGAACAACUGCAGGCGGAUGCAAAGAAGUACAUCGACAAUAUUCGCAACAUCCAGAUGUCGCUAGAUUCGGGUAACUUGAGCGACCCCAAGAAGUUCCAUCCCCAGGACAGGGUCAGCCAAGUCGUCCAGCGCAUCAUGAAGGAUGCCAGAAGAAAAUCUGAACAGAUGGAGUUGUACCUCGAGGAGAUGAUGAGGACAUACAAAGAUAUCAUGGUAUUCUAUGGUGAAGAUCCCGCCGAUGAUAGUGCCCGCCGCGAUUUCUUUGCCAAGCUAGCGCUCUUCGUGGGCGAGUGGAAGAAGUCUCGCGAGAAGAACGUACAAGUCGAGGAGACAAGGAGGCGCAACGAGGCGUCAAUGAAGCGAAAGCACACGGCACAGCUCAAGCUCACCAGCAACAGUGCCGAGGCUGGGCCAACAUCACCUUCCAAUACUGGCGCCAUGGAUUCUCUACUGGAGAAACUACGUGCAGCUGCGCCCCAGGCUCGGGAUCAGAGAGACCGAAGAAGGCGAGCGCGACUCAAGGACCGUCACCAAGUUCGUGUUGCUUCUGGACAAAAGAUUCCGGAUCUCGACGAGAUUCCAGAAGCAGAGGUGACCCUCAAAACCGCGGAAGCACCAAGCGAAGAGGAUACAAACGUGCUCAGCCCCGGUCUCUCAUCGCCUCGCUCUGGUGGAGACGAUGUCGCAGAUCGGGCAGCUGCUCUAUUGCAAGGUAUGCGCGGUGGUGAUGGCGCCGAUGACGAUGAUCUAGAGAGGAGAGAAACUCUUCGCAAAGCCAGACGACAGACAGCAGAGGAAGAAAGAAGGUUAAGAAGGAGACGAAGGGAUAGAACGGCAACGAACCAAUCAGAAGAGAACGCAGAGGAAAAUAGGGACGACUCCAGACCAGCUUCCAAGGCUGGAGAAGAAGAGGCAGUCAAAGAGCUGCCAAAGGAAGAGGAGGCCCCUAUAGAAGAUGACGUACCAACGCCAAAGGCAGAUCCUGUAGCGGACGGUGCAGUAGAGGAAGAGCAAGGAGAAAAGGCAUGA